AUGAAAAAAAUUGGUGAUUGUACUUUCCGCAACUGUAUGAAUCUCGAGAAGAUUUCAUUCCCAGAUACAAUAGAAUAUAUUGGAGUAAAUGCUUUUUUCGAUUGCCGAAAGUUAAACUUCGAAUCUUUACCAUUCUCGUUAAAGCAUAUUGAUGAAUCUGCUUUUAGGUAUUGUGACAGUAUAACUAAAAUAAAGUUCCCAGAAACCAUGAGUUUUCUCGGAAAAUAUUCUUUUUCAAAUUGCGGUUGUUUAGAACAAAUUGAAUUCCUAAAUCCUGAUACAACUAUAAACAUGUGUGCAUUCAACAGUUGCAGCAAACUCUCUGAAGUAAAACUUCCUUUAAAAAUCACUAAAAUUUAUGAUAAUACAUUUCAUUUUUGCACGUCAUUGAAGUCAAUUAUACUUCCAGAUACAUUACAAAGUAUAAGUUUCGAUGCAUUUUCUGAAUGCAGAAAUUUAAGCGAAAUAAACUUUCCGAAUUCUCUUAUAGAAAUAUUAGAUGAUGCUUUUAAAACAUGCCUUUCAUUAACAAGUAUCAUCAUACCACAAAAUGUCCAGACUAUUGAGCUAUCUGCUUUUUUAUAUUGUACUGGAAUUAAAAGUGUUACUUUUUUAGGUAAAUUCACAUGUAUUUCUGAUGCGUGUUUCGAACGGAAUAUAGCAUUAGAGAGGAUUACACUUCCAAGUGAAUUGCACGUUAUUCCUUCCGAAUUAUUUUAUAGAUGUGCAAAAUUACAAGAAAUCAAAAUACCGAACACAGUUACUCGAAUAGGGCCAAGUGCAUUUGAAGGGUGCAUGAACCUUGUUGAAGUAGAAAUCCCUGAUUCAGUCAAUAUAAUUUAUCACAAUGUAUUUGCACUUUGUCAAAAUCUCCGAAAAGUGACAAUUUCAAAAUCAAUUACAGAAAUUCCUGUGAAAUGUUUUUAUGAUUGUAGAUCUAUAGAAACGGUUAUAAUCAAUUCCAAUAAACUGACAAAUAUCAGAUUGUAUUCAUUCCAAAAAUGCUAUUCCUUAAAAUUAAUAAUAUUCCCAGUUUCUCUUGAAUGCAUUCAAAAUUAUGCAUUUGGGAAUUGCUCUAAUUUAACAGAAUUAACUUUUCCUGAUUCUCUUCGUCAAAUUUCUUCAUAUGCUUUCUCUUGUUGUACAUCUUUAAUGAAGAUUAAUUUACCAAAAGGCCUUACAAUUCUAGAAAACUUUUCUUUUUAUUAUUGCACAUCAUUGAAAGAAAUUGUUAUAGAAUCAAAUCGUUCAAUUAAUCAAAAUGCUUUUCUAAACAAUACAAUAAUUGAAAGUCUUGUUAUUUCAUAUCCAAAUGACAAUGUACUUCAUCAAGAUUUUCUUCAUCAAUCAGUUAAAUCUAUCACAUUUUCAUCAUAUUUCAAAGAAUAUCCAAGUAUUUCAGAAUUUAAUCAUGUUGAACAUGUUUCUAUCAUUACAGAACACAAUGACUCAAUUAUCAACGACAAUUUCGUUAAUUCAACAAAUUUGAACAUCAACAUCACAGGCAACAUUCAUCAGAUUUCAGACAACUCAUUUUCUCAUAGUCACAUCAACAACUUUUUAUACUGUGGUAUUCAAAUUGUCGAAGGCAAAUUCCUUUCUAAUUCACAAUCAUACAACAAUAUUUCAGUUUAUAAACACUAUCCAUCUAAAUCAAUUGGAGGUGUCCCAGCCAAACGAGAUGCAGAAUGUCCAAACAUUCCUUAUCAAAAAGGCAGGAUUUCUACACUGGCGAUAAUUUUAAUAUCAAUUGGAUGUGUUUUGACUGUUGGUAUUCCUCUUAUUUUCAUCAUUAUUAAGCUUCAAAAGAUUAGAAAAUCACAAAAGAAGAUUGAACACAAUAUUGCUUUGGAAAAGCUAAUUGUUAGCGAAUUUGGAUGA